AUGGCUGUGUUAUCUACGGAUAAGCAACCUUCUGUGCUCCUAAAUUGGAUCCUCCACCAUCAAGCCUACGGAUUUGCUGUGGAGCCUUCAGAACAUCUCCAGUCCAAGUUUAUAUGUUCAUCUGUUUUGAACCAUUGGAUUCACAGCGAGCAGUUGUCCAUUGAUCAAAUUAAUGUCACAGGCCAACAUUACUGUCCGACUUAUACAUCUGAUCAGUACUGGCGUCUUUACCAUGCCCGUCCUUCUUGUAUUCCACCUUUUGAUCUUCGCAUUCACUCUCUGAUUGAAGAAUUUAACCUAAAUGAUCUGCAUCCCAAAAGCUUUGAACUUUUCGGUAUUGCUCCCUGGCAAGGAAGCAUUUUUCAGUCAUUUCUGCCUGGACAUUUUGAAGACAAAAGAAAUCUACAUCCUGAUCCAGAGCUGCAUCUUGACGGCUCUUUGAUCCGCGUUGAGCCAGAAGCAAAAAUCUUAGGAGUUAUCUUUGACAGAAAACUCACUUUCUUUCCGCAUAUCCUAAAUCUAAAGAAAAAAUGUGCUAAAGCUCUCAACAUACUGAAAGUCCUGGCCAAUACUUCAUGGGGAGCAGAACGUUGUUCUAUGCUCCGCAUUUAUAGAGCCUUAAUCCGUUCCAAACUUGACUAUGGCUGUGUUAUCUACGGAUCAGCAAGACCUUCUGUGCUCCUGAAAUUGGAUCCAGUCCACCAUCAAGCACUACGGAUUUGCUGUGGAGCCUUCAGAACAUCUCCAGUCCAAAGUUUAUAUGUCAUCUGUUUUGAACCAUCUUUGGAUUUCAGACGCAAGCAGUUGUCCAUUGAUCAAAUUAAUGUCACAGGCCGAACAUACUGUCCGACUUAUGACAUCUGAUCAGUACUGGCGUCUUUACCAUGCCCGUCCUUCAUGUAUCUCACCUUCUGAUCUUCGCAUUCACUCACUGAUUGAAGAAUUCAACCUAAAUGAUCUACAUCCCAAAAGCUUUGACCUUUUCGGUAUUUCUUCCUGGCAAGAAGUGAACAUUCACCUACUUAACAUUUUUGGAGAACUAAAGAAGAUCAGUACCAAUGAUAUCCAAUACCAACAAAUUUUCCUAGAGCAUAGAAGCAGUUAUUCUAACUACAAAGCAAUUUUUACUGAUGGCUCAAAGAAUCAUGAUUACGUCGGGGCAGCUUUUGUUUGUGAUAAUGAAAUAAAGAGUAGUAAACUUCAUAAGGCUGCAUCUGUCUUUACUUCGGAAACUUUUGCCAUUUUGAAUUCCUUAAUCUUUAUCUCUAGACAGAAUCGCAGAAAGUUCAUCAUCUACUCUGACUCUCUGAGUGCUCUUGAAUCAAUAAAUACAAAUACUGGCCACCCUUUGGUCUUAGAAAUUUUAAAGGCACACCUCCGUUUGAGAAACGCAGGUUAUUAUAUUGCGUAUUGCUGGGUGCCUGGACACGCUGCCAUCAAAGGCAAUGAACUCGCCGAUAUUGCAGCAAAAUCUUUUGAU